AAAAUUUCAUUAUAAAAAUAUACCUUUCGGGUGACCCAAAGUGACAAAUAUUUGAAACUAUAUACAUAUAAUCAUAAAUAUAUCCUAUAGUCUACAAUAUAGUUCCAAAAAUUGUGAGUGUACAUAAUUAUGCGCUCACAGUUGUAUUUGAUAUGUUCGACGUGAUGGUAACUAUAAAAACAGUAGACUGACUUAUUUACAGUAUUGGAAAGAAAUUCUUCCACUAUAUGGCAUAACUUAUCAACCAAUCAGAAGAAUAUUCGAAAAAUUUAUAAAUGUAUAUUUAACGUAUAGAACUUGCCGCACAGAACAGUUUUAUUAAUCAGUGAAUAAAUUCAUUUCAUCAACGUUAGUUGUACAUAUUCAAUUUGCACAAACGAGUGAAAUUGCUUCAUCCAUCAAAAUGCGUUUUUUUUCAUGUAUUGCAUUGUUAAUGCUAUUCGUCUCCUCUAUUAUCUGUGUCAAUUCUCGUCAUAAAUGUAAAAUUUUGUCUCAGAAGAUCGAACUAUUAGGUAACAGAUUACAUAUGUUGAUUUCAUUUCAUGAAUCUAGUAAUUAUGUUGUCUCUCCAUUUGGUGUUGCUGAGUCUUUAUACAACUAUGAGAAGAAUAUUACAUACAUAUUAUAUUACAAAGAAUUUUAUACAACUUUCAAAGAAACUAGUCCAAUGGAGUAUUACAAUAAACUUCUACUAUUCUUAAUUGGAAAUAGCAAUUCAGCAUCUAUUUUAGAUGAAUCCGAAGAGUCUACACAUAAAAACAACAAAGAAGUUCAAACUAUAACUCGUAGACUGUAUUUGAAUCAGGAUAAAUGGUUUGGUAUUAAAUUUAAUAUACGGUGGAAGGAUGAAUUUUCGGAAUUCAGUACCACUGACAAAUAUUUUUACACAGACGUAAAGAAUUAUACUGUGUCAAUGAUGAGCGCCGAAAAUUAUUACAUGUGUGGAAACUUAUUAAAUAUAUCUGCUUCUUUCAUAGAACUUCCCUUGAAGGACAAUUUUUACAUGCUCGUCGUUCUUCCUGAUGUAGGAAUCAAUUUAGAGGCUGUUGAAACAAAUAUGGCUCAUCAUUUCGUUUCUGACUUAACAAUGGUUAAACAAACGAUGCAUGUUGAUUUAGAAUUACCGCAAUUCAGUAUUAAAUUCAAUGACAAAUUUUCUUCUAUUUUAACAUCGGAUGAUAGAAGUAAUAGUACUGAUGCAGUCAAUUAUUUAAUCCAACAUAUAGCUAACAUUGAAGUAAACGAAUCUGGUUUAACAACUGCUACUACUAACAAUGAAAUUUCUUUUUUCCCGGUUUCAGUUGGCAAUGGCUACAAGUUUCAUGUCAAUCGCCCUUUUCACUUUAAAGUAAUAAAACGCACGUGUGGAGACUCAGGUAAUCUUGUUAUUUUUUCUGGAAGUGUUAAAAAAUUCGAAUAAUAAAAAGGCGGAUAGAAAAAGAAAAUUCAACUUCUCUCCAGUUAAAUAAAAAAAUAGAGACACAUAAUUGAAUUUUUUAAAAAUAUUAUUUAAAAACAUAAAAAAAAAAUUGGCAAAACAUUAAAUUGCCAUCUUUACAAUUGUAUUUGCAAUCUAGAGCACUUAAAUAAAUAAUUUUAGGAGCCAAAAGAUAAAUAUUAAAUGAUAACGUAUGAAAUGAUUAUAUAUGACAAUUUUCGUAACGUGUUUCAACUGUACACACGAUUUAAUUCCUCAUUAUCAGUUGUUGAAUCUUACAGUAAAUUACAGUGAAUGAAAGGCA